AUGGGGCCUCCAAAAGGAUCGCAAGCAAGAUUUGUCUUUCCAGCGCGGGAAAUGACGCCCGACCACACACCCGAAUACACAUCCGGCAACCUUACACCUGAGACAUCACACACCAAACUCACGGAGCUCGAAAAGGCUACAGCGACUCCUGACUCAACCGCUUACCUGCAGAUCGGGGAAACCACCAGCUCAACAGCGGACGAUGAGCGCCUAUUACCACGAUUCUUUCGCCUCCUGGACCAAAGCAAAGCCCUUGUCAAUACUCAUGGGCCGCAUACAACCUACGCUGGCACGAACGUAUUUGCGCGAGCGCCCAUAGUGCGAAACGAGACGGAACAGGCCUCUAUCAAAGACUUUGCAACUUCACUGGCCGCCGCACAGGACUGCAUUGAGAGCGCUCAGCUCGAUGGAGCCGCUAGAGAGGACCUCGCGACCUUCCUACGCUUGUCACGGACUACAAGCGAAGUUCUCGAAGGCAUACUUGACAGCAGCGAUCUAGACUUCGAAACGCUCGGCUGGGGUGUGUACGGGCUCUGCGCAGGAUACAUGGUCAGCACAGCACGGCGCGAAGCCUCACCAAUUCUCGCGUACAAGAAGCGCCUACACGACGCGCUGCAGAAAAUGCCCUCCAUCAAUUCAACAGUUCGGAAGAACCUAGACAGCGUUGCGUGCUGUGGCGGGAAGAUCGAUGUGCUGGCGAAGGCGAACAGGGAGAUUCAUAUUUGCGCAAAUCUGCUACUUCAGCAGUUCCGGAGGGAGGAGUGGCGGCGCGUUCGCUGGUAUCAUGCGGUUGCGGUUGCGAAGAGAUGGGCUGAUCAUUUGGACCUUUGGAAUGAGGGCUCGUAG